GCACUUUUGAACUUUUGAAUUCAGCCUAAACCUUCUUCAAACAAACAGAUGGCCGAUGGGUUCACAGCAGAGACUGAGGAUUUUAUGUGCGGUCCACACUUCGGAACAGCAGCUGGUAAUGAUCUUCCAGUCCAUUGUCUACGCCUCCUGGCCACGCCCCUGCAGCUUUUUUCAGCUGCAAUGUGGCAAGUUGUGCAGCAGGGACUUGUGGAUCACUACGGGAUGCUGGAGGAGUUUGUUACCAUGGUGACAGAGAUGGUCCCAGAGCUGAUGAGCUACAGUCAGAGGGCUCAGCUCAUCCUGGGACUAAGAGCCAGGCUGGUUCUGGAGAUGUGUCGAGGCGAUCGGCCAGUAGACAUGCAGACCAUUCAGCAACAUCUGGACAGAAUUAAAGCCCCUGUCAGCACAGCCAAAGAUCACCAUGUUACCAUUGACCAGGUGGAGGAGUCUGAGGUGAACUUUGUGGAGUUGGUGCAUUCAUUACUGGAGGAUCCCUCUGACAGAAAAUAUUUUUUCCAGGACAUAUUUCCCGAGUACUUUGGCUCAAAGUACGACGCAGCACUUGAGAUGCUGGUUUGGGAGUUUAUAUCAAGGCUGGAGGAGCUGCUGCCAGUUCCAGACUUCACACAGUUGGCAGCUUUACUCGGAGAUGCUCCGUCAUUCCUAGACGACUGUUUACAAACCUCUUUCCCGCCACAGGACAUCAAGACUGUACUUGAACACCACAGAAACCUUGGUCAUUUUGAAGAAAAAGAUCCUAGAUUAUUACCGAUGGAUGACUGCAUCCUCUCCUCCCUGUCCCUCCCUCCUGUGACCAAACCUGUCAUAAACACUACCUCCUGCUCACCUGCUCUCAAAGACUCAGCCCCUCCAGAGCACAAAGGACAUCCCGCUGCACCCAACAACACAAGCAGCCUGGAGAGGGCGAUCAGGGGGGCCUCUGAGACAAUCAGACAAACACUGAGAGAAACGGGGGACUCGGGCAGCUGGCAGCUACAGGUUAGAGGCGGGAACUGUAGCAAUUCUCAGGAGAGGAAAGUGCAAAACUCAAUUAACACACGUCCAUGCGAUGAAACUAUAGACCUCACUACAUCUAAUGAGACAGCGGGCACGGACUCAGCAGCCAAUGAGAACAGCCAAAGCUUCAGAGGAGGGCGGGUUCCCAGGAAGAGGAAGCUUAGCGGAGGUGUAGACAUUCCCACAAAGCAGCCUAUGGAGGCAUCAGCUUUCUUGGAAUCUUCUGUGGAUGAUGAGUAUUCAGAUGAAUCUCCUCUAAUCUCGAUAUGGGGAGAAUAUACAGACUCUCAGGAAGGUUCUUUCCCGGUUGUAACUGACUUGAAAGUUCCCUGGUCAGACGAGGAGACGCUCCAUCUGCUUGACAUUUGGGGGAAGGACUCGGUGCAGCGGGCUUUGAAGGGCUGCUUGAAGAAUCGUCAUAUAUUCACUCAGAUUGCACAGAAAAUGGCAGAGAGGGGCUACAUGAGAACAGUUCAACAGUGCCAGACAAGGAUCAAACGACUGAAGAAAUGUUUCCGAAAGAACAACAGAGGGAACUCUAGGUUGGAAUAUAAAUAUAACGAGCAGCUGCAGCGAAUACUCGGCUCCUCAGCUUCUUCGGCCCUUCCUGAGGUGACUUACGAUGUUGAAGAAAUAAUCGAUGAAGAUGAGUCCCAGGACGGCGAAGAGGAUUUGCAGUUUCUUGGCCACACAAAUCGGCAGGAAAUCGGAACUAGAAGUGUUCCCUGGACAGACAUUGAGACACUGACCCUCAUCAACAUGUGGGGUGAGGACAAACUUCAACAGGAGCUGAGAGGAGUCCACAGAAACGGGCACAUUUUUUCCACCAUAUCCAACCACAUGGCUACCCAAGGAUUCUCCCGAACACCCGAGCAGUGCCAGACGAGGCUGAAGAGGCUGAAAUCAAGUUUCAGGCAAUGCUACGAAAACAGCAUGAAGGGACAGGAGCAAGUUCAGUGCAAGUUUUACGAUGAGCUGGCACAAAUUUUAGUGAAGGACCCCCCAUCAGUGCCGCAAUUGGAUGAAAUACCGGGAGAGCCUGAAGACGACGAGAACGACUUGCCUGCCAACUCCCAUCUGGACAUCGAGUCCGCUGUAGGCAUUCAAGAAGACAGGAAGAAAGUCCCCUGGUCCGACAAAGAGACCAUCAUCCUUUUGGAGAUUUGGGGAGACCCGCAGGUCCAGCUGAACCUGAGACGUUACCCACACAACGGUCACGUUUUCACAGAAAUAUCAGAGAAACUCUGCGCCAACGGCUACUCCCGCAGUGCAGGGCAGUGCCACACCAGAAUCAAACGGCUGAAAUGCAGCUAUCGCCAGUGUCAGGAAAACAUGAGCUCAUCUGGGACUGUCGAUUUCAAAUUCUAUGAUCUACUGGAGCAAAUCCUGGACAAGCAACCAUCAACAUCUUCCACUGUGGUAACCAACUCCAUUGAAAUAUCCGAAGACUCCAAUGUUGAAUCAUUGUCUGAAACAGAUGGAGAAAUCAACAUGUCCGUAGAUAAACCAGCACCCGGCUCGUGGUCAGAUGCGGAGAUCCUGGUGCUUAUCGAUAUCUGGGGCGAAGAAGAAGUUCAGAGGGCGCUGAGGGGUUUUGUCCACAACGGACGAGUUUAUGCCGACAUUUCAGAGAGAUUGCGCAACCUCGGAUACACAAAAACCCAGGAGCAGUGCCGCUGGAAAGUCAAGUCACUGAGGAACAACUUUCGACAGUGCUACGACAGGAAGAAAUGUGGAAGAAGAGUAGAUUAUAGGUUCUACAACCAGCUGGAACAAAUACUUGGACCGGAGGCAGUUUCUGUUGAUGAGUACGAUGAAAGAGACGAACAACCCGAACAGGAUCCAGCGGUAGGGACAGACUGUGUGAACACUGUGUGGACGGAGCAGGAGACAGCAGCUCUCGUUGAGGUGUGGGCUGCAGAUGAUGUGCAGCACAGCCUGAAAACCUGCGUCCGCAACGGGCACAUAUUCAUCGAAAUAUCAGAGAAGAUGGUCGCCAUGGGAUACAUGAGGACGGCAGAGCAGUGCCACUCUAGGAUCAAAAGGUUGAAGAAGACUUACAGGCGAUUCUGCAACAAUCGGAGAAGUGGAGGCCGGCCUUCAGUGUUUCGAUACUUUGACCUCCUUGCUCCUGUGCUUGGUGACAACUCUGUGUUUAGUGAUGUGGACAACGCUGCUGUUGACGCCACCUUGUCACCAUUUAUAGACAAGGAUCCUACUAUGUACGAACUGCCCUCAACCAGCCACAUCCUGUCCGACCUGAGCAGAAAGACGCCCUGGUCGGACCAGGAGACUCGCACACUGCUUGACAUCUGGGGUGAAGAUAAUGUCCAGCUCACCCUGAGGGGCUGCCUGAAGAAUCGCCACGUAUUCCAGUACGUCUCAGAGAAGAUGGGUGAUCAAGGAUAUAUAAGGACUUCAGAGCAGUGCUACACCCGCAUCAAGCGCCUUAAGCACGGCUUCCUCCAUGAAAGGGAAGAAUUUAAAUUCUUCAGUGAGAUGGAGAAAAUCUUCACUAAGGAGCUGAACACGGACAGCUCAGUCACAGACAUGCCGGUCACAGACGAGCCGGAUGACAGCACACUUGAACAGGGCCAAAAGAAAGCUGGCUCAGGUAACCAAUGGAUGUCUGAUAGCACUAAGCUGCCCUGGAGCGACGGAGAAACCGAGGUCCUCCUGGAAAUUUGGGGGAGCGAGGAGAUUCAGGAGAACUUGAAAGGCUGCACCAAGAACAAACACAUCUUCAUCCAGAUCUCUGAGGUCAUGGUCAACCAGGGCUACCUGCGCACUCCCGAGCAGUGUCAAACAAGAAUAAAGAGGCUGAGGGCCAAUUUCCGACACUUCUUGGAAGGCAGAAAAGGAGAAAAACAAGAAUGCAAGUUCUUUGACCAGUUGGUGCAGAUAUUCGGCAGCAAGUAUGUAACCUCUGACCCCCAGGCCAAGGAUACAGCCAUAGAGUCAUGAAACCAUGCAUUAUCGUAGAGCCAUAUUGAGAGCACAUAACAGCAGCAGAUGGAAGAAGAACAUCCAACAAAAGGACAGUAAAGCAGAAACUGUGAAUUUAUCAGCUGCAGUGUGCAGUUGUUUACAUAUGACAGAACAGGGCCGGUACAGGCUCACACAUCUACAUUUGCUUCUAUAUACUACAAAUACUUUUACAUUCUUCAAACACACAGACCUACUGAGGUGUGGAUUGCUGUGUGUGUGUGUGUGUGUGUGUGUGUGUGUGUGUGUGUGUGUGUGUGUGUGUGUGUGUGUGUGUGUGUGUGUGUGUGUGUGUGUGUGUGUGUGUGUAUGUGUGUGUGUGUGUGUGUGUGUGUGUGUGUGUGUGUGUGUGUGUGACUGUGUGUUUGUGUUCCUCCACCAGAGUGUCUUCUUGAAUAUUUACGACAGAGCCAUGACACUAGGACGCUCAGGGCUCGAGGGACCAGAAAGAAUCUAUGAUUUUGACCUGGUGGGAGUCACACAAGAUGCAGUCUUCCUCUGGAAAAUGUGUUUUUACUUGUAUAAAAUUUAUUUUGUACUUGAACUUGAAGUAAGUGAAGCAGAGCACACGCAAAAACCAAUACACACAAGGCCUCUAGCACUGUAACCACAGCCUACAUUUGCUUUUUUCGCUAGUUCAGGUCUCACUCGUCUUUGCAUUUGUUUGUCAUGUUUGAAAUCUACGUGUUGAAAAGUAAAAGAUUCCUUUGUUAAGUUAAGUCUUAA